AUGCGUGUUACUGCAUUCAUCUUCAGCGCUCUUUUCGCCUCCGCUCUCGCCGAGACCUCUGGUUACUGCUGCACGAAGAACUCCAAUGACCAAGUUGUCAGCCACAACGACCAGACGAGGGCUUGCUGUAACGGCCGCUGGGAUGGUACGGAGUGCUGGGUUGCAAGCAACCUUGACCCCCUCACCAAGUGUUGCAGGAGCAAGGGAAGUGCUAUGUGUGCUUUUUAA